CGUCAAAAUCACUCUCUGAUUUCCACUCUCUCUCUCACUCAUAGCUCUGCAAAUACACAGUCAUUGGAGAGAGGGGAAUAUGACCACAAGAAGCAACCAGCCACCACAACCCAACGGCGACCGACGGCAAAUGCCACCGUCACAACCACCGGCACCAGUAGCCUCAGUUUCUUCAAAUGGUUAUCACCAGCCUCACCCCCCUUACUACCCGAGAACACCUUCUCGCCCAUCAUCAUCGGCGUCAUUGAAAGGCUGCUGCUGCUGCCUCUUCCUUCUACUGUCAUUCCUGGCACUUCUUGCUCUGGCGGUGGUGCUCGUCAUCAUCCUAGCGGUGAAGCCCAAAAAGCCACAGUUCGAUCUUCAGUCAGUUGGGGUUCAAUAUAUGAACAUCGCCGCCGAUAACCCAACCGGCACCACCGCCUCAAUCACCCUCACCAUCCGCCUCCUCUUCAACGCCGACAACCCCAAUAAGGUGGGGAUCAGGUACGGCGAGUCCCGGUUCACAAUCAUGUACCGUGGAAUCCCUCUCGGCAAAGCCUCCGUUCCCGGAUUCUUCCAGCAAGCUCACAGUACGAAACAAGUUGUCGCCACCAUCUCCGUCGAUCGUAUGAGUUUGCUUCAGGCCGACGCCGCUGAUUUGAUCAGAGACGCCUCGCUUAACGACCGGGUCGACCUUCGGAUAUUGGGAGACGUCGGAGCUAAGAUCCGGGUCAUGAAUUUCGAUUCUCCUGGUGUUCAGGUCUCUGUGGAUUGUGCUAUAGUGAUCAGUCCAAGAAAGCAAUCUCUCACUUACAAGCAGUGUGGAUUCGAUGGCUUGAGUGUCUAAUGAGGGAAAAACUCUUACUAUCAUUUGUCAAUCAAUGUCCUUGUUUUUCACUCAAUUUCUCACUUGCCUCUCAUAAUUUGGAUGGGAGUUUUAGAGUUAAUUUUAGAAAUGGCUAUCAAAGGAGUCACAAAAAAUUGUUAAACUCCUAAGUCAGGGAACAAGGUUUUAGACAAGAUAUCAACUUAGGCUAUUAAACAUUUUCUCCAAAAAUUUUGUAGAAAUUAUGAAUUGAUUACUUCACUUGGAAGAAAAAAGAAAUUGUGGAACAAAGUGCAAACUGUAAAGUGAAUCCAAUGAGUGGAUGAGGUAUCUAAAGGGCUUUUGUUAGUUCUCUCUCA